AUGCACGCUUUGAAUUCUUUUGAACAUGUGUUUUGGCGGGUACUCAAUCAGCUGAGCUGUUCUACGGUGUUCAGCGCCAUGUUUGACAAUGAGAUGGAAGAAAGUCUGAGUGGCACCAUCAAGACAGUCGAUGUGUCCUACGGCACCCUUCGUGCUUUUGUCAACUACCUCUACACAGCAGAGGUGGUAUGCCUUGACCAGCAAUUGGCCUGUGAUCUACUAGUAAUGGCUGACAAAUACCAGGCGCAGCAUCUCAAAGACUUGUGCCAGAAGUUCUUGGUGUCCAACCUCAACUGGAACAAUUCACUUUCAACCUACACCUUCGUGCAUCAGCAUAACGCCAAGCAGAUCAUCAACCUAGCCUUGACGUUGAUCACAGACAACAUGGACAAGCUUACUACCGGGGAGGAGUACGCUGAGCUGAAGGAGAAAGAUCCACGACUCAUAUUCGAAACCUAUGAAAAGUGCCACGAGGACCUCAAGAAGUGCCACGAGGACCUCAAGGCCAAGGUCGCUUUUCUCACGACGUCCCAGCCAGAUUCCUUCUCCGACGUCGUUCUGUUUGCCCCCGACGGUGGGUAUGCCCAGGCGGCUGUACCCGUUCCGGCCCAUAAGGCCGUUUUGGUGAGCCGUUCUCCGGUGUUCAAUGCCAUGCUUGAGAAUGAGAUGGAAGAAAGCUUGAGUGGCACCAUCAAGAUCCGCGAUGUGUCCUACGGCACCCUUCGUGCCUUUGUCAACUACCUCUACACAGCUGAGGUGGUAUGCCUUGACCAGCAAUUGGCCUGUGACCUCCUUGUAAUGGCUGAAAAAUACCAGGUGCACCAUCUCAAAGAUUUGUGCCAGAAGUUCUUGGUGGCCAACCUCAACUGGGAGAAUUCUUUUUCGACCUACACCUUCGUGCACCAGCAUAACGCCAAGAAGGUCAUCGACGCAGCCUUGACGUUGAUCAUAGACAACAUGGACAAGCUUACUGCCCGGGAGGAGUACAAUGAGCUGAAGGAGAAAGAUCCACAACUUUUAUUCGAAAUCUAUGAAGCUUAUCUCUCCAAACAGGUUAAUAAAGCAGCAGCACAGAAGGGUUCUUCGGCUUCGUAUCCUCCCAAAUAUAAUUGGGGAGGAAUGUACAUUGAAGAGGUUCCGGAUUGACUGAAUCAGCUUAUCUCUCCCUAAACUGCAUACGAUGUGUGCAAUUUUUCAGUUUUCGAAAUCCAUGAAGCUUCUCUCUCAAUACAGGCUGCAGCAGAGCACAAGGGUUCUGCUUCUGCGGAGUUUAAGGUUAGCAGCAGUCGAGGUUCAUUCCUCAGUUACUUGUGUAUAUCCACAGCCCAUAAGAUAUUAUCGGUUGCGUGAGGAAUAAAGUGCAGUUUGAUGCAUUUCAAGUGAUCUUCACAACGUUGUACGAUGAAACCAAACCCUCAUUUUCAAUAACUACUUCA